AUUGAUCAACCGCUUCAGAGCCGCUCUCUGUAACCUCUCUCUGGAUAAGAUGUACCAUUAGAGACAACGACCUCCGCCAUCUGCUCCUUUGUCCCCUCUGUGGCUGGCCAAGAUGACCAUCGCUGUGGACUUUGAAGAAUGUCUGAAAGACUCGCUAAAGUUCAGAGCUUCAAUUGAAGGGGUAGAGACCGAGGUAACAGAGCUUGAAGUCAAACUCGAGAAGCUAGUGAAGUUAUGCAAUGCCAUGCUGGAAGCCGGUCGGACAUACAGCACCAGCGCCAGGCAGUUUGUCAAUGGGAUCCGGGAGUUGUCGGUAAACUGCAAGGGUGACGAAAUGAUAAGCGGGUGUCUGGAGAAGUUUUCACACAGUCUGAAUCAUAUGAUCGACCAUCACACGACCUUCAUCGAGGUGACUCAGAAAUCAGUCAAGCAGCAUUUGUCUAACUUCAUCAAGGAGGACGUGAGGAGGUUCAAGGAGACCAAGAAACACUUUGACAAGAGCAGUGAGGACCUGGAUAACGCACAGAAUAGAAACGCACAAGCACCUCCCAAGAAGCAGCACGAAGUGGAUGAAGCCACUAGCGGUCUCCAGCUAGCCCGCAGAUCCUUCCGCCAUGUAUCGCUGGAUUACGUGCUCCAGAUAAAUGUCAUCCAAGCAAAGAAGAAGAACGAGAUGUUACAGUUUAUGGUGUCGUUCAUGGACGCACAGUCCAGCUUCUUCACUCAAGGCUUUAAUACACUCAAGAACCUCGAAGUUUACAGGAAGCAGCUCGCAGAGCAGUUGCAUCAGCUCGUGCUGAACUCAGCCAGGGACAAGCGGGACAUGGAGCAGCGACAUGCAGCUAUCAAGCAGCAGGAUGUGUUUUACGAUGAUUUGGUGGUGGAGUUUAACAUGGAGGCCCCAAACGGUGUUGUUAUGGAAGGUUACCUGUACAAACGAGCCAGCAACGCCUUCAAAACCUGGAACAGACGAUGGUUUUCCAUUCAGAACAAUCAGCUGGUGUACCAGAAGAGGCUGAAGGAUAACCUAACGGUUGUAGUGGAAGACCUGCGCCUGUGCACGGUUAAGAGCGGUACAGACAGUGAGAGAAGAUUCUGCUUUGAAGUAGUAUCCCCCUCAAAGAGCUGCAUGCUUCAGGCUGACUCAGAGAAGCACCAGCAAAACUGGAUCCUCGCGGUGCAGUCAAGCAUCGCAACAGCCUUCAACGAGAGACGAGAGGACAGCUACUCGAAGUUGGAAAGGACUUCGUCUAUGUCUACAGGAGUCUUCGAUAUCCCUGAUGAAGUGAGACCAGACAAGAAGCAGGGCCUGGAACAGGUACAAGGCAUCCCUGGGAACGCUCAUUGCUGCGAUUGUAACGAAGCCCUGCCAGAAUGGGCCAGCAUCAACCUCGGCAUCACCCUCUGCAUAGAAUGUUCCGGAAUCCACAGGAGUCUAGGUGUCCAUUUUUCCAAAGUCCGAUCGCUGACUCUUGAUUCCUGGGAGCCUGAACUGUUGAAGCUGAUGUGUGAAUUGGGAAAUUCCACCAUUAAUGGAAUCUAUGAAGCUCGAAUCGAAGCGAUGACAGUGAAAAAGCCUCACCCUGGAUCCCCUCGGCAAGAGAAGGAGGCCUGGAUUCGAGCCAAGUAUGUGGAGAAGAAAUUUAUCCACAAGCUUCCAGAAAGUGGCAUCAGGCUCCGUCAGUGCAGCUUGAGGCGAAAUCAGCACACGAACACCUUGGAGAAAACCCAGAAACCAGAAAAACCACCAAAGCCUUUCCUGAAGCCAAGAGGGAAAACCUUGUCCUCCUGCCCAGAUGUGAAUGACAAAGGAACCCCAGGCGCCGGGAGCAAUGAGGACCUGCGAGACCUCCACCCGGGAGCCCUGCUUUACCGGGCUGCUGCACUCCAAAGUCUCCCAGUCAUGGCUGAUGCAUUGGCACACGGGGCCGACGUCAACUGGGUGAAUGCAUCAGAUGAGAAUAAAACUCCACUCAUCCAGGCCGUGACUCCGGGUUCGCUGGUGGCCUGUGAGUUCCUGCUACAGAAUGGAGCCAACGUGAACCAGAUGGACGUCCACAGCCGGGGCCCGCUCCACCACGCCACCAUCCACGGGCACACUGGCCUGGUGUGCCUAUUCUUAAAGCGUGGAGCUAGUCAAAGUGCAGUGGACGAGAAUGGCAAAAAUCCGAUUACAAUUGCCAUUGACACAGCAAACGCCGACAUUGUCACACUGCUGCGGCUGGCGAAGAUGAACGAGGAGAUGCGAGAAGCAGAGGGAGUCUUCGGGCAAGCGGGUGAUGAAACGUACAACGACAUUUUCCGAGAUUUCUCCCACAUGGCCUCAAACAACCCCGAGAAACUGAAACGCAAGAGCCAUGAACUCCGGACCUCGACGCUUUAAACAUCUCUGUCUGGCAGUCAACCAGGACGGCCGUGUGUGGCCCUUAUCAGGUGCACCCCCCCACCCUCCACCCCCUGCCCUCGCUCCCCCUCCCCCACCGCCCCAAACCAAACCCUACAGCACAGAGAGCGAAAAACAGGAAAGAUUGUUCCCCCUGACAUUGGUGUCCUUGUGGUUGUCCUGAUGAGUGCAAAACAAAAAACUUCAACAAAAUGUCUUUCAUCAGCAACGCUGGCAAAAGAUUAUCCGGCUGGAGUAGGUGAAUCAUUUUAAACAGUUCGAGGUCACAGUGAGGGGCCCAGAUCCCACACCGGUGCCUGGGGGAGCAUCUGCCCACCCCCCUCAAAUCACCUCACUGUGACUCCCCUGAUCUCCAAACUCUGGAAUUCCACAUUCCAGUCCUCAGCCUUCCUACCUACACAGUCCCGGAGCAUUGCAGGGCGACGUUGGCAGUUCGAUCCCCGUUAAUAUUAAUCGCCAAAAGGCCACAAACCCAAACAGAUCUUGGAUUCUGAAUGAAGUUAGGCGCAAUUUUCUCCCCUUUCCUUACCCCACAUACAGGACUAAGGUUGCCCAACUGAUUCGUGCCAAAGUAGAAUCUGUCAGAUUUAAAAAAUAAACUUCAGGAUUCCAGAGAAAUGUGUAAGGAAUUUGAGGCAAAGUUUGCAAUUGUGAUAUAGUUCGCUUUGAAAGAUUUUUUUUUAAGAGACGUUAGUUUUUAUUGAUAUAUUUAAUAUAAAGCAGAGCUUUGCUUGAGGCUUUGGAAAAAAAUAAACCUCCUUUUAAAAGAAA